UUCUGGGUUCUUUUCCUCGUGGACGUGAAUGUUUUGCUCGGCUCGGACCUGUGGAUCUUAUUCGGACUCGAACUGAUAUUAUCGUUGUGACACGGUCCCACCAGCUUGACAGCGGUUAUGCUCCGUCACUGACAUGUACCCUCCGACCAGACCACCGAACCGGUCCGAUGGCCCGACCGCAGUAACGGCCACAGAGGAGAGCGGAGGAGAUCCACCACGAGUCGGUGCCACCGGAGCAUCCGCGCAAACCUCCCGUUCGAACCAAAGCAGCAGCAGCGGCAGCAGCGACACCGGCUCCAGCGGAGGAGGAGGGGAGCCGCUCUCGCCGGCUCGGUGCAGAGGCCGUUCCUCCGUGGACAGCCUCGGCGUGUUUCAGAAGAGGUCUAUAUUCACCUUCCCUCGCCGCCACUCCAGUGGAUAUUUCUCCUUCGACGGCGACUCGCUGCCGAGCUCCCCGCUCUCCCCGCGGCCGGUGACGGCUGACAGAGCCACGCAGACCCCGAGCCUCAGCGGCCAGGCGAUGAACCACGCCUUGCAGCGCUUGGCUGAGGCGCACGGAGGAGGACGGGAGUUGGGGCGGCGUUCUGGAAGCUCUCGCCGCCCCUCUAGCAUGCUGCAGCGAGACGCAGCAGAGGAGAUGCAGGAGGAGGCAGUCGGACAGGAGCUCCGACGAAUUGGAGAUGAUUAUAACAGACUCCUGCUGCUAAGGGGGGCGGCUGGCGGACGCAGACAUGUUGUCAUCCAUCCGAACCAGCUGCCACAGGUCCAGCAGGAGCCCACCCUGCUGCUGUGCAUGGGCCUCCUGCUCCUCGUGAUCGGACGACUCAUCUACAUGCAAGGCGGCACCAACCUCCAGGACCACUCUCAGGUUUAGCCUCUGGAUAAAACCCAGCAGACGUAACAUUUUUAGGAAUAUAUUUGUGUUUUUGGAUCUAUCGCAUCUUAAAUGUUCCUUGCGUUGGGGGUGACCUGAUUUUUUUCUUUUUACUCUACGUGCUUUUCUGUUCCAACUGAGGGGGGGGACUUUGAAUUUUGAUGGAGAUCACGUAUGAACACUUUUAUGGAACUCUGUAAUACGCCUGUGUUUUUUAUGGUGCGCCUGUGUUUUUCCUUCACGGUCUCUGAGGCCUCGCGAUGCUACCAAAGAGCCUGGAAUUUGCACUCCUCUCCUCCUGUCAUCUAAAUAUGCCUCUCUGCAAAACGACGCCUGCGGACAUUCAACUGUGCCUUGUACAGUUUCUUUUAUUCUUUGUUUUGUAGGUUACUGUAAGCUCUUCUUCUUUUUGUAUAGAGUGUAUGUGUUCACAGGGAGAUCAACUCUGCAGACCCGGGGUUGUUAAAGUGCAUGGGUCCUGUUAACUGAAUAUUACCUUGGAAAAUGUUUAGGCAGGGAAAAACUCCUGUCACAUAAGUACCCAGGAUGCAACAGACCUGUGACCUGCACACUGCAUGAAAAACCGAAUUAAUUCCCGGCAGUUAGUGCCUGUUUACAGGAUGCGAAUUCUGCGUUCGCCCCAAAACAUACCCCCCGGCAGAGCAGUGGGGGGGGGGGGGGGGGCUAGGGGAGUGAGAACUCAUCUCCCUUCACCAUUGGAUGAAACCACAGACCUGUGAAACGGAAAAGUCACUUGUGAUUGGCUGGUAGAGCUGUUGCUAUUGGUCACUAUGGGUCAUUAUAAUACACACGUGGGUGACCCCUCUCACACAAUAUGAAUAAAAAUAAUAAAUAUAUAGUAAUUACUAAUCAUUUGUAUAUUAAUAUAUAUAUAUUAUAUAUAUAUUAUGAAUUGAUAUAUAUUAUUAAUUAUUAGUAAGCCUUAAUCAAAAGCACUGCAGUUACUGGAGACUGUAGAUUCAUUAAUGUGAGGCAGAGAAAGCAUCACAUGACUAAAUAUUAACAAUAGGACAAUUGAAUAUCAAAAUAUGAGGGUCAGUGUUUUGGUGUCAGCAGAAAGACUUCUCUUACAAAACUGUGCAGUGGAGCUUCUCUCUCUAUUCCAACAUGUGGUCUUGGAUGAGCUUGACGGGAUAAUGUUGAAAUAAAUUACACUGUUUCAAAAAACAUGUCAUAGCAUUGACCUUUGCUCAUGGUAUAAAAUGUAAUUCAUUAUAGCAGACUUAGGAAAUCUAUAUAAGCUACAAUUUCAGAUUCUAAAUGAAUUUUAAGCCUGGUGUACCAGACAACUGCCAGGAACUGACGGGAAGUGACGCGGUGUUCCAGUUUCUGGUCGUUUUACAAACCUGCCAAUCCCCGAGUCACUUCCUGUCACGUCCCGUCAGUUCCCGUCAGUUCCCGUCAGUUCCCGUCAGUUCCCGUCAGUUCCUGGCAGUUGUCUGUGCUUCCUGUAGAUUCCUGUGAGCAGCCGUUAACCUGAAAUUCCACUGAAAUUUGCAGCGACAAAUUCCUCUUUUCGUGCAGUGCUGUGUGGGAACCGACUGGGCCGACGCUUUUUUAUACAACAUCUCAAUCACAGUGUCUUUUUGGUUGUUUAGCUAGCAUUAAAUAUUGUGUUAUGCUCGCACUGUCAACUGUUCAUCAGUGUUUUCAGCCCCAGGAAAUGUGUUGUCUCACAUAAAACACCAUGUUUUGGUGAAUUUUUUAGCAAAAAACAAUGUUAAUAACUAAAUAAGGGAAAACAAACAAACCCUGGACUGAUCAGUACAUGUUAAUAUUAUCCAUCUUUCCCCAAAAAUGAAAUGUUUGAAUGAUACUGUAAAUAUUUUUACCUAAACUAGAUUUGUAUUCCUUCGAAGGUACAUGAAUUGAGAAAGCAGAUUUGUCUGAAAUUAGUUUUCUGAACAUGCACAGUUGGAAAAUUGAUACAUGAAUAGUUUUAUCAAUGUUUUUUUCAUGAACACACUUUGUGCACAACAGACAUCACGAGCAGUUACUCUGUAAAUACCAACCGUAGAGUAUCUGAUACCAGUCUUCCUCUGCACAGACGAGCCCCUGUUUCUGAAACCACUAGAGCCAUUUGGCACAUGACCCCCCCCCCCCCCCCCUCACUGAAGUCUAAAAGACAGAAGAUUUCUAAGAAUUACCAAACCACUUUCAUCACCAGAUACAAUGUGUGUGUUGAUUUGUACAAAGUCCCAAACAAACAUUUGGAGGCUUCACUUUCUUUGCUCUGGUUGUGUUUGGCGCCAAAACAAAGAUUUGGCACCUUGAUAAUCCAAAGCAAGAAAAUAUUUCUUCACUCAUUAAUACAGUGAUGUUAUUUUAAACCGUUUAAAUCCUCGUAAAGCGUUUAAUUGUGUCAUGACUCGAGGUCACGUUUACUCACAUCCCGCCCCUCUGCGUUUACAAACCUUCAUUUGACAUCGUUUUAACAUCUUCCACAAUAAGUGACCAGUCCUGUUCCCGUUCCCAGUCUCAGCCUCUGGAUUUGUCAUUAGUGGCUCCACUGAGUGUAGCAGGCGUGUACUGGUUUGUUGACAAGGUCAUGUUAUCCGUUUAUUAGCACAGUGAGUCAGACGCUGGCCAAGUCUCCUCACGCCUGCCAGGUCAUUAAACACUCACAAGAGAGACUUCUGGACAGAAACCAAACACUGGAUAACAGAGUCAGAGAGGGUUUAGUUACUGACUGGUUAUCUAACAGUAACAACAAACACUGAUAAUACUUUUUCUUUUCUUUGUAUAUAGAAAUGUUAUCAGUCAUGGAGAUUUUAUUAAUAAGGUCUUGGCCUCUGAUUACUAAAAUGGGUAUAAGGAGUUACAGCUGAUUCAAUAAACAGCUUGUGAAAGUCUGAAAACCCUUAAAUGCAUAAAUCCAAAAUAUGAAAUGCCGUUUAAAAUGUGUCAUUGCCCUGAACAAGACUUAUGCAAGAGAAAUUUGACCUAAGCACCUUAUGUAAUCAAGAGAUCGUACCUGUGUCGUAUGUUUUGUCUCUUUCACGUAAGUGAGGAAGCCGACUCGUAAAAUCAAACACUUGAGAUAAAGUGUUAAUCUUUAAUGUGAUCUCCUCUGUCCUCGAGAACAAAAAUAUUUUAAAGACUCAUUUCUGCUGCGUUCACGUACGUUAAGAGAUACUACACUUUCCAACCAUGUAACCACGAUGUAACCGUCACUGUCCACAUGUUUAUGGCCACUAGGGGGCACUGCAAAGUGGAGCGUUCCUGACAACAACAAAUUUGUCGAUGGUCACGUGACAAAUUUGGUUUCUUACCAACUUGUAAAGUUCUGUCAAUCUCGAAAUUUCGCACUCACGGGAUCCUCUUGCAUGAAGUAUUGGCUACACUGCCCCCCCCAUGAUUCCCAGCGGUACUGCUCUGUUUUGCCUUAAAUGUCCAGUGAUGAAAGUGACCAAAGAGAUUUAUAUAAAACUACCGUUUUUUUUUUUUUUUUUGGGCUGUUGUUGAUGGUACCAGUGAAAUAAUCUGUUGUUUUGAUCUGUAUCAGUUAAUCACAAAAUCACAUCAGCCGCAGUUUGACUGGAAUAAAAAUGGAAAUGCAAUUUGUUUUAUGUUUGGUGAGAUCAACCAUCACUGUCACUGAAACGUCCUUUAAGGCAAUUUGACCGAGAUCUGAAUAAGGAGAUUUUCAGGAAUCCCACUUAAUGCAUUUAAAAGCUUUACUCCUCACUCGGACUUAAUCCGAUUCAAAUGAAAGGGUUGGUUUACACUUUACACACAUGAUACGUGUGUUGAAUUAAUGUGAGGUCCUCCAGACCGGCAGCAAAUCAGAGCAGCAGCAGCCGUUUGUUGUAAAACAUUCAAUAACCAAAGUCCAUGAGUCAUCUUGGAUGUUUGCACAGUUCUGUCAACACCACUUCAUAACAGAUUAAGUCUGAUCUGACUUUCAACGUUCUUUAAACUCUCAUUACACAUCACCUGAGAUCUGCAGUCACACGUUUUAAUGGUUAAAUCAGCUGCUCAGCUUCGAAGCUUCUUUUUGAAACUUCCUGGAAUGCAUCAGGUUCUCUGUCCAGCUGCGUGCAUGACGUAUCAAAGAAAAAUCCAGAAAUCCUUCCCACAGUGAUCCACCUCUGAUGUUACUGCUCCUAGAAAAAUAGUGUUGAGGACAGAAAUCACAACGUUACCAUUCUUAAACGAUGGAUUAGACGUUCAAGUGCCCCAACUGACUGUAGCGCCAAAGUAUAGGAAUCUGAUUGGCAAUAACAAAUAUCAUAUGACAUCAUACGAUCACAAAUGCCCUCUAAAAUACACAAAGAGACGCUAAACGUCCACAAAGGGAUUCAAACCGAGGAAGAUGACAAGUAGAAAACACAAAGAAGAAACACAAAGAGAUGAGAAAUGACCAUGAACAGCGGCUCUUUGUGUCUUGAUCCUGUUAAUAUGGAGCGGUGGCGUAUUUGAUCAUAUCUGUGUCCUUGAACCUUUCAUCUCAUAAUCUGCCCAUGGCCGUCAACUGGUUUCAGGAGUAGCCUUUAUUUAUAGUCAAUAUACUUCCCAUUCAUAGAGGCUGCCAUUGCGAGUAGAGCCAGUUCUAUUGGUUGCCAACAAACGUCGAGGUACCGACAAAAAGUUAGACUGUUAAAAGUGUUAAACUUAAACUGAACUUCUUGUGUCCUUAAUCUUUCUCUUCCUGUGGCUGUGACGCUGAGAGCGCUGACUGCUGCAUGUUCGUGAUAUUGUGCCAUGUGAAACCUAAGACCUCAUUUUUUGAAGUACUGUAUUACAGCGAGAGGAGAGCAAGAGGAGAGCGAGAGGAGAGCAUGGCAGGGAGGAAACCGAAAGAUGAAUUGCCGUCUUCUGAAACUGAUAUGGAAACCUGCUGAUGUGCUGAUUCACCGUCUGACUUUAGUAUUCGUUACGGGACAGAAACAGUCACAGCUUUUACUGCUGGAGCCGCUUUGGCGAGUCGUGCUGUGGAUUCCUGUUUGUUGUGAGCUGUGUAGGAUCAGUGGAACAGGGGAAUCCUUCCGAGGAGAGGGAGCUUUUGUAUUUAAUGUCUUUCACUCGGGGGCUACUUUGAAGGACGGCCUGUUUUAUUCACGUGUUUCACGUAAACAGAAGUUCGCAGGAACUGGUUUUGUCCACAGAGUCUUAAAAAUUUCAGAAAGCUCACAGAGAUAAAAGUGUCAAAGAUGGUGGCUGACCUGCUUCGCUCGGAUGGACAGACCCACUCUGUAGUGUUUAGAUUUCUUCUUCUUUCUUUUUGUGUAUUUUCUGACAGACCAGGCACGGGGAGGAGCAUUGUUUCCUCCUUCCGGUUAAAAACAACAAUGCAUUAAGAACUGGGAAGGGAGAUCCGAUCACCCACUUGUGAAUGCCCCCCCGUGAUGUCUGGUAUGAACCGGGGCCUGUGGUGUGUCGUGCUUCUGCAGUGCUGUACAGAAAUGCAUCUGCUAGAGCUUGUGUGUACAGAUAUAACAAACUUGAUGACUCCAAAUGACCCAGUACAAAUGUAGCAAUUUUUGGAUUUUUUGUUGGGGGUUGGGGUUUCUGUACUGUUAUUGUACGUUGAACAUAUUUGUAAUUAUGUUUUAAUUUCUUUCAAAUGCUGUUAUUGCUGUAAAUAAAGCCUUUUCAUCUUUGUA